ACCCAUUCAUGAAGGUUGGUUGAUAUUGAGCCAUAAUGGCCAAGCCAAAUAGUGCUUCAGAGAAGAUGCCCAAUUUCCAGAUUCAAAUGGUUCAACGAUCAUUACUGAGGUCACUCCGCGUGGGUUUGCGAGGAUUGGACCAUUCUAUUGGUACACUCUCGUUGCAUCUCAAGUGGUUUGGAUUGUAUAAAAGUUUGAAGCCAAUUCAGAAUGGAAUCAAUCACGAUCGGCUUUUGGAACCACUUGGAACCACUGAAAUAUGAACGUGAAGGCCUAUCUAAACCGAAUUGGCUUUGAAUGCGGCAAUGAGUUGCCCCCUCCCACAACUGAGACGCUUCAACGGCUUCAAAAACUUCAUCAAUUGUCCAUUCCGUGGGAGAAUCUGGACGUGGUCACGGGUGUUCCGAUUGAUCUUUCAAUGGAGACGUUGUAUUCCAAAAUUGUGGUGAAUCGCCGAGGUGGUUGGUGCCAUGAGCUUAAUUGCCUUUAUUCGUGGCUCCUAAAGCAGUUGGGGUUUGACGUGACCCUCGUUUCCAGUCGUUUUUGGGUGAUGGGAUCAUGGAACCGAGAAGGAGAUCACAUGCUGAUCCUGGUCAAAAUUCCGACCAAUCAAGACCAAGAUCUGACCUUCAUCUCCGACGUCGGAUGGGGAGAAAUGCGGGCCUUUGUGGAGCCGCUUCCUUUGGAGGCUGAUACUGUAGUUACUCAAAUCAAUGGGCAUUUUCGUUUAAUGAAGGACGACCUCUCCCAGGAAUGGACUUUAUUUAAUCAAAAGAUUGGCGAGUUUGAUUCCAACGCGUGGACGAAAUGUUGCAAAUUCACCCUCCAGCAUUCCACAUUAGAGCACUUCCAAGAGAUCACUCGAAUCUACGCCAAUGGUCUGGACGAAAAGGUUCUGAUCCUCAAAGAGCUGCCCAUCAUUAUGAAAAAGAGUGGUAAUGGUUCCGAGGCCAACAUUGUCAUAGGGGGCGCGUGUCUCCACUUCAAUAAGAUUGGCAACUUGGCCAGGAAGAUGGUGACCUUUGACCUUCCCCUUGAAGUUCCCUCGGAUUUUGGAGAACUUCUUUUUCAAACCUUUGACCUCAAGGUGGGCGAAGGGCUGGCGGACAAGGUGAUCGAUCAGAUCCAGCGCUCUGGGCAGCUCAUGGCCGCCCUUAGUGGUGAAAAGCAGCCUUCAAAUUUGAAUGAAGUCCUCGAAUAACCUUGUCAUUCAUUCUAUUCUGUUGGAAACAUUGGAAACAAAUGUUUUAAAGACAUCACCCACACAUCAUGAUCUCGAAUUCCAAGCAUGUGUCCUACUUGUCACUCACAUUUAUAUGCAAUUGAUAGUUUUGAUACCGUCCCUUCUUUUCAAAUAAACGACAGUCUGUCCCCAUUGAACAAAAAAGCGGUGCAAUAAAGAUGUAGGUGGCAGCACGGUCGACUGACACGGCAUUUUGCGGUUUUGCCAUUUUUCCAAGAAACCAUCAUGAACAAACGGGGAAUAAUUGGACCAACCGAUGACUAGCAAUUGAGCGAGAAGCCUCAAGAAUAA